AUGCCAACAAGAGAAACUCUUCCAUCAACUUUGGUGCAUCUUCACUUAAAGUACUAUAGCAGCACAAUUGAAUCUUUGCCGCUGUUAGUGAAACCAGUGGGUAAAGCUGCCAAGAAAAGUGUUGGAUUCUCCAUUUCCUCUGGUCUUCAAGGGCAAUUUGCAAAACGAAAGAAGACUUCUCUUUGGUUCACAGUUUCUCUGCUGGUAGUGUCUGUCUUCAUCCUGACGAUAGGGCUUGCAGCUACCACAAGAACUGAAAAUGUUACUGUUGGAGGAUAUUACCCAGGAAUCAUUCUUGGCUUUGGAUCUUUCCUUGGGAUUAUUGGAAUCAAUCUGGUAGAGAACAGAAGGCAAAUGUUGGUAGCAUCCAUCGUCUUUAUCAGCUUUGGUGUUGUAGCAGCAUUCUGUUGUGCAAUUGUUGAUGGAGUCUUUGCAGCACGACAUAUAGACCCUAGGCCUUUGCACUCCAGAAGGUGUCAGUUUUAUUCAAGUGGAAUAGGAUUCUUAUAUGAUGCCUACCAGACAGAGGUAACGUGUAACACCUUAAACAACAAGUGCCCGCUGAGAAUAAAGAGCAAUACAUGCUAUUGCUGUGACCUGUACAAUUGUGAAAAUUCAGAACAGUCAACCAGCUACUAUGAGUUUCUUGGCGUGAACAACUGCCAGGAUGUGGUUCACUUGUACCGGCUGCUGUGGGCCUCCACAGUCCUGAACAUCAUUGGAUUGUUUCUGGGGAUAGUCACGGCAGCCAUACUUGGGGGCUUUAAAGACAUGCCUGCAAGCCAUUUUCCAGCAUCAUCAUCUACAGAUAUUUCUUUUUCUGAUGAUACUCAACCUCCAUCUCAAUCCAGCUCAAGCUAUGGUCUCCCACCCAAUGCCCCACCACUAUACACACCAACUUACUUCUUGCCAGAAGAAAAACCUCCACCAUAUGCACCCUAGAACUCAUUUCAUUUUAACAGAUUUUUUUUUAAAAAGACAUCUUUGGAAACUGAGCUGCACAAGCAGCAGAUUAUUUUGUGUUCUAUGACUGUUCUACUUUUAGCCCCAACUCACUGUGAGUUGACCAGAAUCUUAGAAACCUAAGGCAGAUGUGUCACCAAAGGAAGGUAUCAGUCACACUACACAGUUUGCUUGUAGUCAGUUGGGACACUGCUUUCUGGCUAAUGAGCAUUGUUUUCUCUUAGCAUAAUAGAUAGUGACUUUGUUUUCAUUAGAAGAAACAAAGAAAAACACUUUGGAUACUUGGUUUCAUUUUGUUGAAUAAGCAUUGAGUGGUAAUUCUGAGUUAGAACUCUCAUAGUCUGGUUGGUGCAAGUGAGUAGUCUGGAUAAAAAGAAACCAGAUAUUCUUUCUUUUAUACUAGUCAGUAAAUAGCCCCCUUUUGGUAAAAAUGUUACAAUAAAUACUGUGACAACUAUAUGACAAAAUAUGCUGUGUUUGUGUAUUAUACUGUACUUAAGUCGGUGUACACAUCACAAGAAAGGGAAACAAAAUUAAGAAGUAAAGAUCCCAAUUAGUAUUAUCCUAUUCUUAAAAAUAAGGUACAAAUGUAACAUUUUAUUUGAACAGGGCUGUUUCAAUUCUGUUUGAAAUGUUUGAAUUAUGUACCAGUCCAGCUAACGCUAACAAUGACCAAAUACCAGUGAGCUAAAGAUGCAAUUUCUAGCUAAGUAUUUAACCUGUAUAUAAUGAUUAGUUAAUACUGAACUCUGUAUUUUGCCAUAUUCUGUAAAAGGCAGAGGAGCUGGUUUCAAAUGAUUCCUUUUCUAGUAAAAAAUGGAAACUAAAAUGCUGCAUAUUGAGCUAAAUUGUUUUUACAUAAAAAGAGACUUGGCCCAUAGUUUUGAAGCUGUUGCAAUGCAUUGGUGAAUGCUCAGAGUAUUUCUUUUUUUUUUCUUCUUCUUCCAAUCUAGACUCCCACUAUAGAGAAUUUACAUAUACUAACUCCUGUGGAAGUAGCAUCCAUAGGAAAUAUGUGAUCUUGUACUCCCUCUACUGGAAAAGUAGCAAUCUAUAGUCUCAGCUCUGUGCAGCCACACUCAGUGAUGAAAGUGCUUAAACUAGGACGAAAAAGAUAAUUAAUGAAUUUCUGAGUUGCUAAUUCCUUUUGCAGCACCGUUGGGGCCUCAAUGUUCUUUGGCACACCAGGGCUAUGAGACAGCACAGGCAAUGUACUUUGAUGUCUCAUAGACCUAGUCCAUUGGGCAGCAAAUCAUCCUAGUGCCACAUUAGAAACUUUAAAAAAUG